AUGCCUGCCCCAAAGAGAGGAUCUGCUCCGCAUGACCCUGACCCCAAGAUGAGGAAACUGGACGAGGAUGAAGAAGCUCUGUCGUCCAAAACUGCACCAGCGACCAAUACCAUGAAAACAGGAAAUAAUCAAGAGAACACAGCAGCUCCGCGGACUAAGAUAAAGCGGUCGUCUUCAGCAGAGGGGGGUAACAAACCAGCCAGGGCGACCAAACAGAGCUCCCCCGUGAAGGAGGCUGGUAAAGACGCCUCCGACCCACCAGUCAAAAAAGCCAAGCUCUUGAAAGCCACAAGUGCCUCAUACGGAGAAGCUCCCCCACAGAGAGCCAACUCCAACAUUUCCCUAAAACGGACAGCGUCCACCGAGUCCGACGAUGACUUCAGCAGCGACGGCAGUAAGGUGGACUUCUUCAGAGAGCGGGACGACGAGGACAAGGCCCGCUGCAUCCGAAAAUAUUCCAACAAAGUCAAGGCCAAGCGCAGAGCUGAGGAGUCGCCGUCCGAUCCACAGGAGGCCACUCAGGCUUCGCCCGUGGACCCCGUACAGAUGGACCACAACUACGGCCGGUUCUCCGAUUCGUCGUGUCCUCAGACGACGGAUGCCAACGACAACAAAGAAUCUGACGCUUCUUUCACCAGAGGGGAGAGAUCAGAAGUUUCAGAGGAAACGACGGCCGUCGGGGGGGGCGUCAAAAACGAGGCUGAGGCCGAAGAAACCAAAGGCCCGGAGUCAAAAGACCCAGAGAGGGUAAAGCUCGUGGAUGGUGAAGCCCCCUCAUCUCCAAGGGAAACGGUGGAUUGUUGCUCUGUAGAAAUUCCUUUGAGAUCGGAGGAUAACGGAAACGUCGGGAUGGAGAAAACGGGGUCUCCCAAAAGCCGACAGGACGUAGAAAACGAGACGCCGGCGCUGCUUUACGCCGCCGGAGAGGUGAAUUCAACCGUCGAAAUAGUCGACAGACAUUCGGGGGAGGAUACGGCCUCCAGUUGUGAAUCGGAGAGCCGGACGGAGCUGGUUUCAGAGGAAAAUAAGCUGAGUCUAAAAUGUAAGACCAAGGAGUGUGACAUGCAGGGUGGAGCUGAAGUACCCGGUCCUAACGGCGACGUCCAGCCGCACGAAACACUUUCCAGUGAGAGGAUCACCGCACCGGAACAGCUUCUGUCGGGAAAUACUAACCCCGAGGGUCAGACAAAGGAAAACCCCGCAACGGAGGAGUCAUCGGGCAUUUCUGAACCUCACACACACCUGAAAGCGAACACGGGCCUCAAAGAGGAAUUAAACACGAAAGUCACGCAGUGGGAUAAUGUGAACCAAACAGCUGGGAACCCCGAAGGUGGACGAGACGGGCUUCCCGACGGCCUCGUGGAUGAGUGGCGCCGGGAGGAGCGCCAGCUCUCUGACGGCACGGCAGCACAAGCCGUGGAGCCGGGGGGGGAUUCCACAGACCUAAACGCAUCGGAGGACGUCGUCGUGCGAAUUGAAACUGAUACAAAGGCUACUAAUCUGGACGUAACAGUGGAAACGCCAAACAGGGACGCCGGCGCACCUGCCUCGACGCCGUCUCCAGAUUUGUGCCACGAUCAUGUACAGAAAACGGAAAUCAAAGAGGCGUCUCAUUUGGAAUGUGGGGGUGGAGCUGAGAGUCGAAGCAAAAUACAAACACAGACUGUAGCGAUACAUCCCAGACCUGUGGUGCAGACACAGGAAAUCCAGAGGGUCAGUGAACCCACCACGGCCCUGUUAGCUGAGGUGUGCAAUCAGGUUCGGGCGGAUCAGUGUAGAGACGUGGAAACCGUCGGAUCUGCUUUUGGUUCUGAAACAGAAGCACAUGCUCACGUGCACGUCCGGGAGAGCCCUGCCUUUGAACCCAGCAGAGACCUGUCUGUCACGAAAGGCCCAGAGGGCAGCGGACAGCUUAAAGAUACUAACUCCGAAGUGGACACACCUCUGGAGGUCCGUCCCACGGCACAAAGGCUGGAAAACUCAGAUCAGACGAGGCUGGUGGUCAGCGAACCUAUCGCAGUCCCAACCGACCAAGUUCAGAAAGGCCUGCAAACAGCCAAUUGUAUAAAAAGUCAAGAAACUGGAUGUCAUGUUGCUGCUGAAAGCCCCACAGGAGGGAGUGUACAGAGCACAUGCACGGCAGAGGACGCCACCCCCCUGAGCCAGGGGGACAGUGAACCCCCCGCAGACACAUCGGACAAAGGUAUCCAAGAACCGGAGACGGUGAACUGCCAGAGAAACGAAGACGCCGUCUCCGCCUCUGCCGAGAGUCCGGUAGAAGUCCAUCCCCAGGCAUCGCGGGAGACCUGGGCCCCCGCACCAGCACCUGGACCUCACAGCCAGACGGACGACAGAGUCAACACAGAGGCAUCAGCCGAGAGUCACGAGGGUCUGGAAGUAGAAAGUGUCAAAAUUUUAGAGAAAUUUGAGUGGGAAUUGGUGUCUGUGACUGCAACACGGAAUCGAAUGGAAGCGGGGGGAGAGGUUGUGACUCCGCCUCCUGUAGUGGACGUCAGUCAGGGUCAAAGAGAGGUGGCCGUGCAGGGACCAGACUGUAGUGCCGACCUGGUGUCCGAGGUGGAAAUACAGAGUGGAAAACGUGAGGACCACGGCAGAUGUGAGACAGACGACGUGUCUGCAGGUUCUCCGCCUGUGAGGAGUGACGAGCAGCUAAACUCUGAGUGCUCGGCAGCGCCAGACGGCGAAAUCCAGGUGGACAUGCAGAUCGCACCGGAGCCCGAGGUUUCUAAAGCAACCUCUCCAGAGGAAAUGCAGAAUCAGAUAGAUGUGCAGCAGGUAACCUCAGAACCGGCUCCUACAACAACCGUCGUGGAAACACAAGACCAAAAAACCAAAAGCGUCCCACAAAAGGCAGAGACUCCGUCUGAGGCUGCCAAUGAGAUCAAAAAGCCGUCUGAGUCGAUAGCUGAGAUUUCCAUUCCGUCUCCUCCUGCUGAAACGCUGUCCCAGAAGUGCCUGAACUUCACCCGGCCUGGAAGCGACGUGUCGGGGAAAACCGAGGAGAAUUUAGAUUACGACAGGAAUGGGAACGGGGCUCACGGAGAGGGUGUCGAGCAGCCGGAUGAAAAGAAAGCCCAAACGGCAGAGGAGCGAGAGGAGGUCUGUAGAUCAGAAGGAACGGGAGCUCACGAGGUUAGUGAACUCACCACAGACACCGAGGCAGAAAAAACUUCCUUUAAUACCAGCGGUGAACAGAGCAGUGAACAGAGCAGUGGCUGUGUGGACGCCCCGGGGCACCUCGCAGACUCGCAGACAUCAGAGACCCCGGGAGGGAUUUCCGAUCCAAGACCCGAGUUUGAUAUUCAGUACCAGCAAAGGCAGGAGCCGGACGGAAACGAGGAGGAGGCAGCUCCCGAGGGCGUUCCCGACACCACUGGAACGCCUGAGGAGAAUUCCCACCUGGCAGAGCAGCAAAACCACGCCGUUCAUGAAACCGGUGAGCAAGCCGUCAGCCCAUCGGAUCAGAUUCAGACACCUCCUCCCCCCAUUGCUCAUUUAGAAAGUAAAGAAAAAGUCAGAAUAAUAGAGCCCGCUAUUGAGGAUGUCCGAGUUAACACGGACGCACCGAUGGAGAGUUUGGAUUGCGCUUUGGAAGUGGAAAGUGGAGGGCAAGUCAUGAACCAGUUCAAGGCUGAAGAAGGAACCACCAACAGCGAGGUGAUAGUUUUCCUAUGCGACCGAGCAGACGGGACGGGUCUCGUCUUCCAGCCCCCCGAGGAGCAGGUGGAGGUGGUCAGCCGGUCAGACAGCGGGCAGCGCGAGAGCCUGGUGGUAUACGAGCCCAUCAGCAGUCCAGAGAGCGACGCCGGCGCCGAGCUGCACGCCGCAGAGCCUCUACCGGAGAGCAUGGAGACCCAGCCGGUGGAGGGCGGCGGGUCCAGCCCCCCCGGGCUGGAGGAGGAGGAGGAGGUGAAGGCUUCGGAGGAGAGUGGUGAACAGGACGAGCGAGCAGCGCACAGCGCCGGGGAACCGCCGGAGGACGCCGACGCGGCGCCGGCCGACCCUAGAGAUGGCGGCGUCCGCUUGGCAGGCGGUUGGACUGAAGAUGCAGACCAGGAAGGGGAAAGAAAUGGAUUCCCAGAGUGUGUGGGUGCAGCAGAGAUGUCGGCGCCGGUGAGGGAGGAUGUGGGACGCCAGGCGGCCGCUGACGCCACUGCAGACGCCACCAUAGCUGUGGACGCCGUAGCUGCUGCAGACACCACCGUAGCCUCGGACGCCACCGCAACUGUGGACGCCACUCUGGCUGCAGACGCUGCCGUGGCUGCGGAUGCCACCACAGACGCCACCAUGGUUGGGAACGCCGUAGCGGCUGUAGACACCACCGUGGCUGAGGACGCCGGAGCAACUGUGGACGCCACCAUGGCUGUGGACGCCACUUCGACUGUGGACGCCACCGUAGCCGCGGACGCCACCGCGGCUGUGGACGCCAUAACAGCUGUGGACGCCACCGCGGACACCAUCGUAGCCAUGGGCGCCACCGCGGCUGUGGACGCCACCAUGGCUGUGGACGCCACCGCGGACGCCACCGCGACUGCAGACGCCACCAUAGCUGUGGACGCUGCUGUGGACGCCGUAGCAACUGUGGACACCAGCAUGGCUGCGGACGCCACCGCAGACGCCACCGUAGCCGCGGACGCCACCGUGGCUGUGGACGCCGUAGCAACUGUGGAAGCCACCAUGGCUGUGGACACCAUAAGGGCUGCGGACGCCACCUCGACUGUGCCCGGCACCGUAGCCGCGGAUGCCACCAUGGCUGUGGACGACGUAGUGGCAGUGAACGCCAUAACGGCUGUGGACGGUACCUCAGACGCCACCCUAGCUGCGGGCGCCACCAUGGCUGUGGACGCCACGGCGGACGCCACCGUGGCUGUGGACACCGUAGCAGUUUUGGACACCAUAACGACUGUUGACACCACCGCAGACGCCACUGUGGCUGUUAACACCAUAGCAGUUGUGGACGCCAUUGUGGCUGUGGACGCCAUAACGGCUGCGGAUGCCACCGUGGCCGUGGACACCGCUGCGGACGCCGCCGUGGCCACAGACGCCGCAGUCGAAGUCCAGACGACAGCCGGCGUGUCCGAGGAGUUUGUGAUCUUAGAGCCGGUCCCGGAGAGCGAAAUCCACGUUGAUAUCGUCACCCAGGCCGCAGCCGAGUCGGGCCUGUCGGCCUCUCUCACCGAAGAGUCCAGCCCACGCCGCGGCCCGGCGGAGGAGCUGGGAGACCGGCGCCGUACAGGCAGCGCCUGGGAAGCUGCAGAAGCCGACGGGGUCAAGGAUGCCACGCAGGCCAGCGCAGACGAGGCCGUAGACCAGGAAGAGAAAACGCCUCAGGACAGCGAAAUCCCUGACCAGCCGCCACUAUCUGACCCGGCGGACGCACACACGGCGAACUCGCACGUUCUUGAAGACGGCGAGGCGGUGGUCAGGGAGAAGGAGGGAGGUGAGGUGGACCUCCGAGAAGUGCAGAUCCUGGAGGACAUGGAGAUCGGCCGAGAGAUCGUGGUGGCGGAGGAGAACGAGGAGGACGGCGAGGUCACGAUCGUACAAAAAACGCCCGAUCCGCCCAGCAAAGGCCUCACGAAAAAGCCAGAGGAAAAGGCCAACGAUAAGAGCGGAAGCGAAAAGGCCGAAUCGGACAAGAAGGGACCGGAGGUGGAGAAGCCCAAGAAACAGGAGAUGAACACGCAGGCGCGGACCAAAGCCCGGCUGGCCGCUCUGGCCGAGCAGAAGGCGGCGGCGUCCAAGCGGGCGGCGCAGCGGCAGCAGCUCAACCUCCUGGCCCUCUGUCAUGAGAUCGCCGAGGACAUCGCCACCGACAGCAUGCUGCUGAAGAGGAUCGAGGAGGAGAAGCAGGCGGCGGCCGCCGUGGCGGCAGCGGUGGCGGCCAAAGCGGAAGCAGAAGCCUGCAGGAAGGAGCAUCCGGCCGCCAAAGCUACGGACACGGACCCGGUCGGCCUCCCGCCACCCGCCGGGCCAGAGGCAGGGUCACAGGCCUCGGCCGGUCCCGCCCCAGAGGCGCCCGCCGCCCAGACGCCGCCGGUCAACCCGCCGCCGGCCGAAGCCCCGCCCCCCGCUCCGGCGGAGCCCCAGAAGCGGCGCUUCUUCGUCUCGCAGAUCUCGGUGCCGCUGAAGGCGCACGAGAAGAAGAAGCUGACGCGCUACCAGCGGCUGCGGCAGGUGGAGCUGCAGCGGGAGAAGAUGUCCUGGGCCCGGGUCAAGAAGCUCAAGUCCGACCAGGCCAGCCAGAUGUUCGCCGCCAUGGACUGGCAGGCGCCUUUUUCCGCCGGAUCGCUGUUCUCGCCGAGCCCAAAGACCCCCCCGCCGGCCGCCCGCCCCCCCGAAGCCGCCCCCCCAGAGUCCCGCCCCCACCGCCACCAAACCAGCUCAGCCGCAAGCCGAGGAUCUCAAACUGAAACGGCCAAAGCGGCGCCCGUCAAAGCGGAGGCGACCAAAGCCGAGCCCCCCCCGAGCGAAACCCGCAGAAGCACGCGGCAGAGUAAGGCCCAAGCAUCCAAACCGGCCACGCCCACAACCGCGGCGCCCGCCCCCAAGGCCACCCGCUCCGCCGCCAAGAGGUCCCUCCCGGCCGCCCCGCCCCCCAUGCCCAACGGGGUCAACGCCCAGAAGCAGAAGCAGGAGGUGGAGUACAAGCCCUACCGGCCCCGCCCCAAGUACUCCGCCGACGACUUUGAGCUGGAUGACGACCCGCUACCGGUCCCACUAUCCAGGUCCAGACCGCCCCCGCAGCCGCCCAGACCGGGCGCCCAGUCCCACCCCGCCGCUCGCCCCAGAGCCCCUCCCCCGUCAAAGCCCGCCGCCGCCGCCUCGCAACCGGCUCACCAGGCCAAGCUCAGAGCUCAGACCCCGGCGCCCGGAGGGGGUCAGGGUCCAGGUCCGGGUCAGCCGAGGCCCCCGGCGGCCAGAACCACGGCGGCCCCUCAGUCCCCGGCCCCCACCACGCCGCCGGCCAAGCCCUCGCCCCCGAACGGCGGGCAGACGGCGGCCGCCCGGCCCCCCGUCCCGACCCCGGGUCAGCCGAGACCCGCCGCUCUGGCCCCGCCCCAGGAGAAAAUGGCCGCCCCCAAGCCCAAGCAGGCCGCCCAGGCCCCGCCCCCCCAGCCCGCCCCUUCAGCCCCGCCUCAGACGCAGCCGCCCGCCGCCGCCGCCAAGACCGCCCCCGCCGCCUCAGUGCCUCAGCAUCCCCCCAGCCCCCCCUCACGGGAAGAGGACAGUCCUCCGGCGGAAAGCUGCCAAGCCUCCAACGACCCCCAACAGCGUGAAGAAAAGCCUGCGGUGGCGGCUGCUAAUCCUCCUCCAGAGACGGGAGCCGGCGAGACAGAGGAGAAGACAUCAGAGCAGCCCUGUCAGAAAGCCGCCAAGCCUCAAAACGCCGCGGCGGCUCCGUCUGACGCCUGUCUGCAGAAAGAAGUUAAGAAACUAAAGGAGGCAGACAAAGACGGCACGCAGACUAUCAUUGACGCCGGUCAGAAGCAUUUCGGAGCGGUGGCCUGCAGCGUGUGCGGGAUGCUUUACUCUGCGGCCAACCCGGAAGACGAGUCUCAGCAUCUGCUGUUCCACAACCAGUUCAUCAGUGCCGUCAAAUACGUGGGAUGGAAAAAGGAGCGGAUCCUGGCCGAGUACCCCGACGGCAAGAUCAUCCUCGUCUUGCCCGACGACCCCAAAUACGCUCUGAAGAAGGUGGAGGAGAUCAGAGAGAUGGUGGACAACGACCUGGGCUUCCAGCAGGUGGAGACAAAGUGCCCCUCUCAGACCAAAACCUUCCUCUUCAUCUCCAUCGACAAGAAAGUGGCCGGAUGCCUCAUAGCGGAGCACAUCCAGGAGGGCUACAGGGUGAUCGAGGACCCCCUCCCCGAGGGCUCGGAGGGGGAGAAGGUGAUGUUCGAGCGCCAGAGGGCCUGGUGCUGCUCCACCACGCCCGAGCCGGCCAUCUGCGGCAUCAGCCGCAUCUGGGUGGUCAGCGUGAUGAGACGGCAGGGCGUGGCCUCGCGCAUGCUGGAGUGCCUCAGGAACAACUUCAUAUUCGGUUCCUACCUGAGCAAGGACGAGAUCGCCUUCUCGGACCCCACCCCCGACGGGAAACUCUUCGCCACGCACUAUUUCGGCACCUCCAAGUUUUUGGUCUAUAACUUUGUGAGCGGGACGCGGCCGUCCCAGCCCAAGCCCCCCGCGGUAUGGCCGCCCGAACGGGGGGGCCUUGGGUUCUUCCCCCCCCCCCCCCCCCCCCCCCCCGAUCCGCCCGGCAACCGGUGUCUGACACUACCCACAGGCUGUAAAUUGAAGAUGUUACACAGCGAUUUCAAUCUCAGGAUAAAACCAACGCGUUGUUGAGAAAUUUAUGAAUUCACCCUUUAAUUCCUCCCUACGUGGUAUUUUGAAAAAAAAAAAGUAUUUUCUUGACACAGUUUUAAGCAAACAAUUGGUUAUAUUAGAGGAAUCCAGUUUACAUGCAUGACCUGAGAGCAAUAGAAACAAAGAGCAUAUCACUGCUUCAUAACGAUGGUUAUUUUCUGUUGUCUUCACACACUUUUAACCUUGUUUUUUUUUUUUUUUAUUCCCCCCAAGUGUUUCGUUUAAAACCGACGGUCAAUCGUCUCCAGAUGUGUUCUAGGAGCACAGCUGCACACCAGAGUGGUUGAAGGGUUGUGAGUUAGGACUGUAGCUUGGGCAUUCAUCGUGUGUUCUAAUCGUUUUUAUAUCACCUGGCCCGAGAGGCUGUUUCUUUCCGAGCCGAGCCAUAUACUGUAAACCUUUUUUAGCAGGGCAUUGUAGCCUUUACUGUGCGAGUGGUGUCUGUCAGCUCUCACGAGGUUGUCUUUCGCUUCAGACGUCGAUUUAUUUUUCUUUACUUAUUCGUCAUGUUUUUCUUCUAAGCAGCCUAUAGCUUUUUAUUCAUUUAGCGUAGAGGAUCAUGCUUUUAUUCCUUAGCAAUGAACUAAAACAUAUAUCGAAUAAUCAUGUAGAUUUUUUGCCUACUAUAAUGAGAUUUAUAACAGAAUACGAGCGAGGUCUUAUGGCUCAUGUCUGAAAUGGUAUUUCAGCGUUGGUAAAUAUCAACAACGUUCAGAGUUCAUGAUUGAAAGCAGCUCUGGGUGAUCAUGACGAAGGCUUAGAAGAACUCUCAACACAGGUUAACAGCAUCAUUGUAAUCCAUCCCUUAUUUCUUCUUACUUAUGAUUAAAGUGUUUGCUUUUAGAGAGAUGUGUUGUGUAAGAGAAAGAAAUUUGAUUUAUACAAAGCUGUUAUGUAAAUAUUUAUUUAAAUAAACAAUGU